AUGACAGUUUCUAACGAAGAAUCGCCCGAUGUUGAGCUCGACGCGUCAACAACUGUGGAAACGAUAAAAAUAGCACCCACCGAAUGGAUCAAACGCUUGCAAUCGACAUGGGGUGAACCUUUGGUUGUCCCAGAAUGGGAGGACGAUACGGAAGGCUAUCGAGCCAAAAAUGGUUGGCAGGCAAUACGCAUUACGAGAUAUUUCGUCCAAUACGGAAACGGAAAUGAUAUCUCCGAUGACGUGUCGAUCACGAGGGGCGGCGUUGGUACCAUCCUGACAGGAGUCGUCGUGUUUACACCAAGGGCAGAGUCGCACCAGGGAUACUGUCACGGCGGUAGCAUGUGCAGUGUCAUGGACGAUGUGGUCGGUUGGUGCUCGUUUUUGACCACGGGUCGAUGCCAACCGUGGUCCGGUUUUACCGUCCAAGUUAAUACCAGUUUGCGCCAACCCGUCGCCGUCAAUGCUACCUUACUCGUUCGAGCGGAAAUUUCCAAAAUUGAGCGACGCAAAGUGUACAUGAAAGCCGUUCUGGUCGACCCGGCGAACGAAGAUCGUGUGCACGCCAUCUGUGAUGGCAUGGCUGUAUUGAAUUGUGGAGUACUGCCAUUGGAGACGCAACAAUCGACCGAUACCGUUGGGACCGAGGUGGACGAAUCUUGA